AUGAUCUGCCCCUUGAAACAAAAUCAGCAUGUCAGCAUCUCCUAUCUCCACAAUGCUGACAUGUUUGCAACAAGCAAGGUGGUGAUGGCUUACAGCCUCCUGCUGAGAGAGUAUGCAGUGUUGAGCCCUGGGACUAUCAUGUGCAUCCUGAAGAUGAUGCACCGACUAGCAGUGACGUUGGAUGACCCGGCUUUCUUCUUCCAGGCUUCACUGUUUCGCACCUUUCAAAAAAUCCUUUCUGACCCUGUAGUUGAGAUCAACCCAGCACUCCUUGAAGUGAAGAGGUUCAUUGCAUUUAUCAUGAGGAAGUUCAUUGAAGAAGCCAAGAAGAAUUCCAAGUUGUACAUGGAGCUCCUGUUUUGGAAGACCUUGCGAGAUGUCCAAGAGAUUCAGCACGGCUACGUCCCUUACACUUCCAGAUCUCAGGCAAUGGAAUCUGUGUGGACAGAGGAGCAGGAAGAUGAAGUCCGGCGCCUUUACGACGAGUAUCAAAAGAAUCCCUGCCCAGGAAAGAGUGUGGUGGACUUCAUCCAUGAAAAUCUCAUCAAUAGAUGUAGGACACGUCGAAGGAUCAUGAAGAAAAUGAGGGAAUUGGAGCUUCCCUAUGCAGUAGUACAAGGAAAGAAGCGUCCACCAAAGGAAUGGAGCCAAGAGGAGCUGCAGGAGCUUAAGGGGCUAUUUGAGCAGCACAAGAAUGAACCUGAUGCAUUGACCAAGAUUCAAGAAUCAAUGACAUGGAAACGAGGGAGAGGGGUGAUAAAGAAGACACUCCUAGAAUUGGGACUCUCCCUUCCAAGGACUCGAGACCCAACAAAGACAAGGAAGAAGAAAAGGAAUUUGGAUGUGGCACGAGAAGACCUUCCUGAGUCGCGUAAACCUAACGAAGAAGAUGAAGACCUUCCAAGUUUUUCAUCCUCAACCGAGUCUUCGGGCGAUGAGGAUGAGGCUCGAGCUUGGAUGAGACGAGGCUUGGGCUCUAAAACAAAGAAGGAGAAAAAGGAAACACAUAAGAGAGGAGUGCUUUCUCAUCCUCCCAUUCGCCCCAAAGAUGAGUUGGUGAAGGAAGGGAGAAAAUUGAAGACAAAUCCUUUAUUGGAGUCAGCUAUGAGAUGGAUCUUGGAGAAACUGGAAGAGGAAGCUGAAGAUGAACAUGAAGAUGUGGAUGAGGCAACACCUCUUGUUCCCAUCACAGAGGAACAGGAGUCAGCCAUGGAGAGAAGGGAGUUCCUCGACUACCUCACUGCUCUGGGAUUCACUGCUCCAUUUGAGGAACAGGAGAAUUUUUGGCGGAUCCCAAAGCAUUUACCUCUUGUCACUUCUGCCAUCUCUUCCCUCACUCAUGCUUUAGAAGAGAGUAAUGGAGAUCUCGAUGCAGGGGGUGUGAGCAAAGUAGUGUCUCUGAAUAAUGGCAUGGAAGUGGAAGGAGAAGACAGUGAUGAGGAAUUGCUGACUGGAGGAGGAAUGGAAGAAAGGAGCAAAAAGAGGAUGAUCCUUCAAGAAUCAUCAGAUGAAGGAGAAAGGAUUUCCAACAAGCAGCCUCACUUGAAAUCUGCAUCUGAUUCUGAUGAUAGUGGUGAAGUGCUCAGAGCAGAGUGGAGAUCCAGUUCAGAUGGUAAAAAUCAAGAGGAAGAGAGAAGUGAUUAUGAGAAUGAUGGUGCAGAUGAGGUUGAGACCGGAAGAGUGAAAGGGAAGAGACGCAUAUUGACCACCAACUCGUCAGACAGCGAAGAAGAGGUUAACAAGAAGCCUUCCAUGGAAUCUCUUGCAUCUCAUCGUGAUGGUGGUGGAACACUCAGGGCUGCACGGAGACUUGAAUCAAGUUCAGAUGAGGAUGAGAAUCAGAAUAAAGAGGGAGGUGAUGAAGAUGAUAAUGGAAAUGAAACUGAGACGAGGAGAGUGAGGGGAAGGAAGCGCAUCUUGACAGACUCAUCAGAUGAAGAGGAUAAAAAUGAUCGUGUUUCUAAGCAUAUGAGACGACCAGACUUCGACCUGGGAGACAGGUUGCAGCCUCGUGUCGUGGAUGAUGACGAUGAAGAUUUCUGAAUUACGUGUUGGAUUGAUGGAAG